AUGGCAAUGUCGGCGAGCUGCCCACAGGCCUCAGUAAGAUCCAUUUUGCAGGGCACUCAACGCCUCUUUGUGCUGGGUUUUUCGACCACCGGUGGUGGCCAUGAGCGCCUCACGGCGGUGCUCACGGGACAUCUCUGUGGCGAGGAGGACCUGGAGCGUGUGACUUUAUUGGUUUCCAUGCCGGAGCCCUGGAAAGGUGAGAUGCUUGCAGAUGGCAGCGUGCCGCAAGAGAAGCGGCAGAAGGUCGAUCACACGCAGAGCAUCUUGGCCAAGCUGUCACCGCUCUUGAAACGACGCUGUCGGCUGAUCUUCGUGCGUGCCCUGAAGAGCGUCACCGGCUUCUACACCACGCAGGCAGGUGCGGCCGCAAAGGAGCUGAUGUGGGAGAUGGUCGUGGCACGGCCGGAGGUCUACCGAGGUGAGGAAGCCAAGCGGUUACUUUGCGACCGCGGCUUUGUCCUCUUUGACUCGCAGGCAUCGUUUUCAUGGGAUGACCUUGGCCCCAGCCUCCUCCCUACAGCACGCUCUUUGAUGGAUGUGCUGCUCGCUGAGACAGCGGCGGACGCGAACAUCGUGGUCAUCACGGACAUGGACCCCAACCUCACCUCUGCAACCUUGAAGCUCAGAGCAGAGAUGCGGAACGCAGCCCAGGGACCACCCCGGUUGCAUGGCUUAGACUACGAAAACCAUCAGGACUUGCUGCUUCACUCUUUUGGCAUCCGCGAACGAGACGAUAUCCUUGCGUACAGGGGCCACUUUGAGAAGGUCUCCGAGAUAUACUGGUACAAGAUGCACCCAGAUCUCUUCAGAGACGCCGAGCUGGCGACAUUGGGGAAGCUGAUUCGGAGCACAUUCUUGGUCAAGGUGCUCAACAUGGGAAGAGACGGCCUAAGAGUGGCACAUGUCGACAUUGUGGAUCCUGCCUUCCGCCGCUUGAAUCGUGCAGAUUUAGAGGCCUAUUCCUUCGCUGCCGAUCGCAAGUUGGCCGUGAAGUUCCUACUAGAGCAUGGCCGCCGCAUCACCAGUGAAGAGGCAGGCCAGGCACACGAGGGCAUUGUCCAUGCCGACGGUGCCUCCGAGGACACCAUCCAGCACAUUAUCUACAUUUAUGCGCAUUUGAGCGGGCGCUCCAUUCUUGAGCACUAUUUUCGACACGUUCAGGAGCAUCCCGGGACGCUCAUUGUCGGCUGCGGCCGGGGCUGGCACAAGCACAGCCGCCUGAGUGCACCGGCUGAAUUGAAGGGCCGCAGCAACGUCAUGCGAAUCUGUCAGCUGGCGCAAGGACACGGCAUCGUCACUGCUGGUGCGGGAGCCUGCGGUGAACUUGCGGAUAUGCUUUACACUUUUCAAGCACCCCUGGGAGUGGUCAUCCCGCUGAACAAGCAGCACGAGCAGCAGCACAAUGGCGAAAUGAUGCAGGAGAGCUUUGGGAGCAGGCUGCUUCUGGGCACCACAGCAAACGGCUUCGACAUUGCAAGGCUCGGGCCGUUUCUCGCCGAGCUCGCUCGUCGCAUGGAGUCUGCCAAG